AAAAAUUUGAAGAAUAAUUUGCGGGAAGCAUUCAUGGGGAUGUCAGUGCUAAUUUAACAUAAAUCACGAGAAAUGCUAUGUUCAUAUCAUACUGUUGGACAUUAAUUUAUUCUAAUUACUCUGCCAUGAAAAGACGAAAUAGAACGUUAUGAUGACCGUCGUUGUAACUUGACGAAAAUGAUCCCUAACGAAGAAAAGGAAUUAGAAAAAUCAAACAAGUAUCUCCGUCUGAAAAAUGUCCAGGGUAGAAAUUUGUUGGUGGUGAGAGAAGUGUACCGCCGCGAGACAGUUCCCUGUCAUAGUGCCCUGUGUCUCAGUGACUGCCAGCCAAACAACAAUGAAGUUGGUUUGCUUCCUGCUGAUGUGACCCACUACCUUGUACCAGACUGCCAAGUGGCCCGCGAAUACCUGGAGGUGUUGGAGCUACCCCAGCUGACAGGCAUUGUAUUCCUACAGACAGUCGCCCAUAGUGUACAGCAUGAAGGUAACAGGCGGUUACAUACAAGACUGAAGAAUCUUGUGCGGGACAAAAGAAAAGCAUCCGUCAUAUUCCACAAUGAAUUCCAGAAGUUUUCCUACUGUGAAAGAUUACGAGGAGAAAACCUGGCAACCUGGCAGAGCAGGAGUACCUAUACAGCAGCAGAUUGGUUCUACAAUCAUCUGGCCGGGCAGAUACCUAUUGUAAUGGUCACUCAGUACAGACAGGUGAUAGCCGAGUAUGGAAAUCGCCAGAUGAACGUAUUUGUACUGACACUUCAGGAGUACCUGGAUACCUUCUGGAAGAUGAUCUUGCCCAGUAUAACAGAUCUAGUGGACUCGAUCACUGCUUCUCUAGAGACAAGAACAAAAGAUAAGGACUAUGUUGGAUACUUACCAUCUGAUGUUAUUGAGGCCGGAUUGAAGACGGGACAUUACACUCAGGGCUUUCUCAACGUCAACAAAAGUAACGCGUCACAGGAAGCUUUUGUCCGUCGUAAGAGACAGGAUCAACGAGAAGAUAGGGACUCGGAUAUCCUUAUCCAUGGCAUGUCUAGUAGGAACCGUGCUGUCCACGGCGACCUGGUGGUGGUUGAGCUGCUGCCACGGUCACAGUGGCAGGGCCGGUCUAAUGUCAUCAGGGAAGAAGGUACAGAUACCAAGGACAAAGGAGGAAAGGAUGACAGUGGAGAGGUCACAUCGGUGAUGACAACAGGACGAAUCGUGGCAAUCUCACAGCGAGCAUGGAGGGAAUAUGUAGGAACCUUCUCACAGGGCGAGGAGACGGGUCUGAAAGGAGGUAAGGUCCUUGUCAUUCCCUGGGACUACCGCAUCCCUAAGAUACGCAUCAGCACUCGCCAGGUGGAGGCACUGAGGGAUCACCGCAUCGUAGUGAGGAUUGACUCCUGGGACCUUGAGUCCCAGUACCCUAACGGUCACUUUGUCAGAUCCCUGGGGAGAAUCGGGGAGUUGGAAACGGAGGUGGCAGCCAUACUGAUAGAAAACAACAUACAGAUGUCAACAUUCUCUGAUGCACAGAUGAAGGAGUUACCGGUGGAUACAGAGGAGGAGCCCUGGAAAGUGGAGGAGGAAGAGUUACUAAGACGACGGGAUUUACGCGGCUCCCACCUUGUGUUCAGCAUAGAUCCUAAAGGAUGUGAAGAUGUGGACGAUACACUGUCUGUCAGAACUCUGGAUAAUGGUAAUACAGAGCUUGGAGUCCAUAUCGCUGAUGUGACCCACUUCGUCAAACCAGGCACGCUGACUGACCAAGAGGGCAAAAGUCGGUCAACAACCGUCUACCUUGCUGAUCGCAGAUAUGACAUGUUACCUGGGAUACUUAGUGCCAACCUGUGCUCAUUAAUAAGCGGGGUCGACAGGUAUGCAGUCAGUGUCAUAUGGGAGCUCGAUUCUUCCUACAACCCUGUAAAUGUAUGGUAUGGAAAGACCAUCAUACGCUCAUCAUACAAAUUAUUCUACGAGAUAGCUCAGGCCAUGUCUGAUGGGAUGCCAACACAUGAAGUGGUUAAGAAUGUACCGGAACUACAGAAUCUCCCAGAGAGUGACAUCAAAAACAAAACGAAAGUGUUACGGUCUGCUGUCUGUCGUCUGAUGGAGGUUGCUCGACAUCUCAAGGCAAGGCGUGUGAGAGGUGGGGCACUUGAGCUUGAGAGCACAGAAGUUCAGAUACAACUGACAGAGACCAAAAGUGUGGAGAACCUCACACCUAAAGAGCAUCUAGAAGUCCACGAAACAAUAGCUGAAUGCAUGAUUUUCGCAAACCAUUGGGUAGCAAAGAAAAUCGCACAGGCAUUUCCAAACUCAGCCUUGUUGCGGCAUCAUCCUUUACCCAGAGAGGAGAAAUUUGAGAACCUGCUCACCUGUGCGAGCGCAAAGAACUAUAACGUACAUACAGACUCUAGUAAAGCUCUGGCAGAGUCACUGGACACGUGUGAUGACGCAAACGAUCCUGUCAUUAACAAGCUAAUGAGGUCUCUGGCUACCAUGGCGAUGUCCAAUGCUGCCUAUUUCUCUACUGGGGCCUUACCGCUUGAUCAGUUUUUCCACUAUGGGCUGGCCCUGGAUCUGUAUACACACUUCACGUCACCAAUCAGGAGAUACGCCGACAUUGUGGUACACAGACAGUUGAUGGCAGCUGUCAGCAAAGUCACCGAUACUAGUGGUCUCCCUAGCAACAAGGAGCUGGAGGAGUUGUCUGAGCACAUCAACCAUCAACAUAGGGCAUCCCAGAAUGCUCAGCGGGACUCGCAGGAACUUUUUCAGUACCUUUUCUUUAAGGGACGUAACCCUGAGGAUGAGUGUUGUACCGUAGACGCUGUGAUCUACCAGCUCAGAGCCAACGGCGUGUUUGUUCUCGCACCGAGGUAUGGAAUAAAGGGUCCCGUAUACCUGAAGAACAAGGAAGGCCAGGUGGUCUAUGUCCAGUCUGAUGGUCAGUUAGAAUGGUCAGGAGGCAGCAUCAUCAAGACUGACCACACCAUAUCAGUCCAAAGCAUGUUUGGUACCCAGAGCUACAGACUGCUAGACCACAUCACAGUGAGGAUAACUCUAAACAACUCGUGGGCACACUCCUCUGGCGUGCGACUCGAGUUGGUGGACGGCCAACCACACCUGUCUGGGUCAUCAGGUGGAGACAAUCUGACCAAACAACAGAAGGCAGCUAUCAUCAAGGAAGUUUCUGAAGCAGCAGAAGAGAAAAAAGGUCAAAGGUCAAGUCAUGAUCUUGGCGUAAACUUUGAGGAACUGAAGAAGGAGUAUGGACAGUCUUCUAGUGACCACAACAUGUACAACUUAUUUCAGUCCUUCAAAGAAACGGCUCUCAAAUGUUGAGGAGGGUUUGACAAUGGUCGUGACAUAACACACACAGGUGUGCUAUAAUGCAGCUUUUGAUGAUCCAGGCACAUACAUUCCCCCUAAGUAACUGGAAUACUGGGACAGUUUUGUAUCGAAGAACGUGAAGCGAUUCAUGGUCUCAAAUUAUUGGGGGCUGGACCAACAAGGUUUGCCCGUAUGUCACAACACUGUCCUCCACAACCUGCGUGUGUUAUAUUUCUCAUAUUUCUGUGAUCAUUUGUACUGUUUAAACAGUGAUAUUGAUACAUGACUGCAUAAUCAAAAUGAAACGUGUCUGAACUGAAUAUGAUGGUACCAAUGUCCGGAGUGCUUAUUACCCAAUGGGACCUUCCUGAAGAACUCCAAGAGUUUAAAGUUUUGUUUAUAUGGCUGUGCAGUUUUACCUGAAUAACUCAGGUGACCUGUUGUGAUCACCUUUGCUACAUCAUAUUUUUUUUAUCUUCUCCUUAAUUAGAAACCCUCAAAGAGGCUUUGGUGAAACUUUGGGGUAAUCUUCUGCCUGUGGUAGGGAUCAGAUUCUACUAAUAAUAGUUUUACUCAAAAAGUGUCUGGACUCCUGUCAGAGAGUGAAAAAUCUUUAAAUGACAGUGGAUUUUCACCAGCAUUCUGUAAAAUGAUCCUCAAGUGCUAGCAGGUGAUCAGAACCUACACUCAAGCAAGGGACUGAUCCACCAAGGGGCUGAUCCACCAAGGGGCUGAUCCACCAGGGGUCUGAUUAUUGUUGGUAACCAUAUAUGGUCAAUGAGUGCAAAAUAUUCAAAUGAUAUUUUCCUUUGGAAAUUUACUGGUAGAAUUAGAUGUCCAACAUUUCAUUAAAUGAUAUUAAGAUGAUGACCCUCAAAACAAAUUGCUGGUGGAUUUAGACCUAAUUUUUGUGAUAUUAUUCUUUGCUUACUAGGCCCCUAAUUCGGGGACACAUACUUGCCCCAUUGGAGUGUUAUUCAUUGAAGUUGGACCAACUAAACAUUCUGUGUGUCAUACCUAAUUUCACUCAGGUAAUUUAUGGGCCUCUUGUUAACUUUUAUACAUGUAUUAUGUAUUAUAUAGUAAGGAAUACAGAAUUAUGUUAAAUACAUGUAUAUGUAUUUACUUUGGUACUGCCUAUCCGUUAUCAUGAAAACAUUGGUAUAAUUGUCUGAAUGCAAGAAUUUGGGCUUGUAAAUAUUUUCCAAGUAGAUACUGUUUUAACAUUUCCAUCAUGCUUUCAGAGUAAAUGUAACUGGAAACCAACUAUACAAAGUCAUGCUGUUUGUUAGUUCUGAAAUUGAAUGGAAUUUUCAGGUUCUGAUUUACUUUGCGAAUUUACUGUGCUCUUCUGGGAAUCGGCUGUAAUAUUUGAAUGGUUGUUAAGAUAUUUUGAUGAAUUUUUUAUACACUUAUUUGUACCAAAAGAAUAUUGAGUUGACGUGGAUUUGUUUUUCCACUUUGAUGGAAAACUAGAGAAAUUAGGAGCCACAAUACUGGAACUGUGUCAACUCAUUCACCCCUGAAGACACAUGUGAACUCUUCCAGUUCAAAGGUUGAAAUAGUUCAUUAUGAAAUUUCAGGGGUGAAUGAGUUGAAUUGCCCUCUCAUUCCAAGACCAAAAUAAAAGGGGCAAAACAUUACUUGUAUUUCAAUACCGGUAAGGGCUGUUCCAGAAUUAACUGUAGGGGAUAGGUUGGAGGCACAUUUUUCCGAAACCCCACCACCCAUAACAUUUCAAUAGUAAUUUAAUAUUAUAAAUGCUAGACAGAUCCGAUUUAACCCAUCACCCAUAUUAUAAAUGCUAGACAGAUCCGAUUUAACCCAUCACCCAUAUUAUGAUAAUACAUGUACAGGUGCCCCCCACCUCGCCAUACCAUUAACUACAGAAUAGCUCUUAUUUGUAGUGGAAGCGAGACUCAGGAAAAAGCUUUUCCGCCGAUGGCGUCAACAUUAAGUUUUUGCGUUUAGGUUAGUUUCACCGAGUGUAUAAGUGCUAGACCAACCAAACUUGGACCAUAGAUGCAUCUUAGGUAGUACAUCGCAACCCAUACAUGAAAUGCUUGAUGCAGCCUACCUUUCAUGGUCCAUUAAUUUAUUCAGCAUCUCCAUCAACAUUAAGUUUUUGCUUUUAAGUUAG